AUGACAGAAAUGGGAGUGAAAUCUCUUCACUACAUUGCGAUCAGGCUUGAAGUGACUCCGAGGACUGAACAUGAUGAUAAUGAGGAGGAGGAGGAGGAGGAGGAGGAGGAGGAGGAGGAGGAGGAGGAGGAGGAGGAGGAGGAGGAGGAGGAGGAGGAGGUAGAGGUGGAGAAGGAGUAG